AUGAAGACCCGCAGAAAAAGCAAAGCCGCAGCGGCUGCUGCUGUUGAGGCUGCAACAGCCGCGUCUACGCGCGAGAAUUCACCUGCUCCUGCUCCUGCGCCCCUGGCACCCGGUGCACCCAUUUCUGUAGCCAUUCCCGAGGAUGUCGACGCGGACAUUCUCUCCAAUCUCCUACCAGACGUUGAUCUAAGCUCCCCCUCAUCCGAUGUCAUUCUGUCGCUCUAUCGCCUCGUUGUGGCGCAAGCCACAGAGUCAGACGCCACGCAGAGAGAACUCGAGGAGGCGCGUGCGGAUAUCGAGCGCAAGGAUGUUGAGCUUGAUCAAGCUCUCCAAGACCGUGACUAUGCCGCUUCUGAGCUCGAGAGUACGCUGGACAGCGUGCGGAAGGAGCUCGAACAAGUCAAGCAGGAAAAGGAGGAACUAGGCACGUCUUGCGCCAUAGCUGGCGCACGUCUCAUUGAUAUCCCUUUACAGCUGUCUCCCGUGCCGCACUGCAGGCACAACUUACAUCGCUCUCAACGACACAAUCAGUGUCUUCUUCUGAGGUCGAGUCUCUCAAGCAUCGGGUAG